AUGCUUACUAGUGCUGUGUUCGCGUCUUUAUUUCUACUCGCCAGUGCACGACCAUGGAAGCGAGACCUCUUCAUCGAGCCCGUCACAGACUGCUCCCGGCUGCCAUCAUACGACAAUGACACAAAGAUGGCCGGGCCCUGGACAAUCAAGGUGGACAGUUGCUACAAUGAAACUGCGACUGGAGGGCUAUGCAGCAUCGAGGGCUUUGAGUCUGGUAAUGACAUCACACGACAACGAGAAGACACACCCAACACCAUCGAGCAUGGAUUUAUCACGAUCGUAAGCGACAACAACAACAUCAAAACCCAGCUCCGCUGCAACGGCCUCCUAAACACAAUCGAAGGAUACGUGCUUUCCGGUCCCGGUGAGGGCGCCCUGAACUGGCACGCCCUUGGGAUAGACCAUCACCCUAGCACGGGGCGACUCGUCUGGGGCAAACCCGAUGCCGAGCCUGUACAGGCGUACAGACACUAUCAUAACGGUGAACUCGUUGAUGGCCUGUUCCUCGGAUCAAACAAUCAGACGAAUUGGAGUGUGCAUUCAGCUGGGAGGGACGUGAGCAUUACGGAUAUGAAGCCGUAUUGGGUUCCACGAUUGAUGAUUCCAGAGACCAGUAUUCGGGAUAAUGAGUUCAAGACAUUGAUUCGGAUUGAUGGGAGCUGA